AUGUCAGGCUUGAGGACGACAUCGCUGCUGCGGGCGUCUCGCACAGCCAGGCGGCCGUUCGCCGAGGCAUGCCGCCCUGUGCAGCUGCAAACACGCCGCGCUCUGUCUAUCGAGGGACAGCAGAAGCUGCUCUCGGCCGAUCUCGAGGAGGCCGACCCUACCGUCUAUAACAUUAUCCAAAAGGAGAAGAGGAGGCAAAAGCAUUUUAUCAACCUGAUUCCCUCGGAGAACUUUACAUCACAAGCUGUCCUAGAUGCCCUGGGCAGUGUUAUGCAAAACAAGUACUCGGAAGGUUACCCCGGAGCAAGAUACUAUGGCGGCAAUGAGCACAUCGACGAGGCCGAGAGACUGUGCCAGCAGAGAGCUCUCCAGGCUUUCCGUCUUGACCCCGAGAAGUGGGGUGUUAAUGUCCAACCCCUGUCCGGAUCACCCGCCAACCUCUACGCAUACUCGGCUCUUCUCAAUGCACAUGACCGUAUUAUGGGUCUCGAUCUCCCUCACGGUGGCCACUUGUCACACGGCUACCAAACUCCCACAAAGAAGAUUUCGGCCAUCUCAAAGUACUUCGAGACGCUGCCUUACAGACUCGACGAAAAGACCGGUUUGAUCGAUUACACCAAGUUGCAUGAGCUGGCCAUGCUCUACCGUCCCAAGAUUAUCAUUGCUGGAACCUCGGCCUACAGCAGAUUGAUUGAUUACAAGAAGUUCCGCGACGUUGCCGACAACGUUGGCUCAUACCUCCUUUCCGACAUGGCUCACAUCUCCGGUCUUGUCGCUGGCGGCGUCAUCCCCUCGCCAUUCGACUACUCAGAUGUUGUUACCACAACUACACACAAGUCUCUGCGUGGUCCCCGCGGUGCAAUGAUCUUCUUCCGCAAGGGUGUCAGAAGUGCCGAUAAGAAGGGCAACGAGAUCAUGUACGACCUUGAAGGCCCUAUCAACUCUUCCGUCUUCCCCGGUCACCAGGGCGGCCCUCACAACCACACAAUCACUGCACUGGCUGUUGCCUUGGCACAAGCUCAAACCUCUGAGUUCAAGCAGUACCAGCAGACCGUCCUGGACAACGCAAAAGCCUUUGCUGCGCGACUUGGAAACACCAAGGACAAGGGCGGUCUUGGCUACUCGAUCGUCUCUGGCGGCACUGACAACCAUUUGGUUCUGAUUGAUCUCAAGGACAAGAACGUUGACGGUGCCCGUGUUGAGCGUAUCCUCGAGCUCGUCGGCGUGGCUGCCAACAAGAACACCGUGCCUGGUGACAAGUCGGCCAUGAAGCCCGGUGGUCUCCGUAUGGGCACCCCUGCCAUGACCACCCGCGGCUUCCAACCCGAAGACUUUAAGCGUGUCGCUGAUGUUGUCCAUCGCGCUGUUGAAAUCACUCGCAGAUUGGAUGGCGUUGCAAAGGAGGCUGCCGAGAAGGCUGGCCGCAAGAACCCUGGCAGCGUCAAUGCCUUCAGGGAGUACGUUGGCGAGGGCGAGGAAAUCACCGAAGUCGUUCAGCUCAGGAAGGAGGUUGAAGACUGGGUGGGUACAUUUUCCCUGCCGUGGGACAAAGCAUGA